ACACACGCGCGAGCUGGUGGCUUGCCGACUGCGUCUGCCUGGCGCGGGGAGCCGGCCGGCAGCCCGGGGGAGGAGGAUGCGCCCGGAGACGGAUCCUGCGGCCGCGCUCCAAGGCUAGGCGCCGGGCUCUUGCGGCUUCCGUGCUGAUCCUUCAGCUUCUUGUCUCUAACCGAGGAAGCGUUGAUUGGGAACUACUCAUUCAGAAAAUUAAAAGAAAGAAGCCAGAAAAUAUUGUCAUCCUUUUGAGAACACAACACAACGAACUUUAUUAUUUUACCACUUCCUUGAAAGUUCCAAGGCGUAGAAGAAUGGCAGACGAACGGAAGGAUGAAGCAAAGGCGCCUCACUGGACCUCAGCUCCACUAACAGAGGCAUCUGCACACGCACAUCCACCUGAGAUGAAGGUUCAAGGCGGGGCAGAGGAAGCACUUGUCCAAAGUGCAAAUGGGUUCCCAUACAGGGAGGAUGAAGAGGGCGCCUAUGGAGAGCAUAGGUCACAGGACACCUAUUCAAAGACCAAAGAGAAUGGCAUCAAUGGCGAGCUGACCUCAGCUGAUCGAGAAACAGCAGAGGAGGUGUCUGCAAGGAUAGUUCAAGUAGUCACGGCUGAGGCUGUAGCGGUCCUGAAAGGUGAACAAGAGAAGGAAACUCAGCAUAAGGAUCAGCCUGCAGCUCUGCCUUUAGCAGCUGAAGAAACAGCUAAUCUGCCUCCUUCUCCACCCCCAUCGCCAGCCUCAGAACAGAUUGUCACAGGGGAGGAAGAAGAAGAAACACUAGAGAGUCGGAUGGCUGAGGAAGAGAAACCAGCCGCUCUUCCUGGAAAAGAGCAUGGGGCUGCUAAGUCCUCAGACCAACCCAAGGGCCUCAGUGAGGGCCAAGUGGAGUCUAGCGCCCAGGCCCAAAUAGUUCCCGAAGAGAGUGCCCCAGCAGGGGCCCCACAGGAGGAAAGUGUAAAAGAGGUCCAGGAGGUGUCUCCAGAAGUAAAAACCCCUUCCUCUGCUGGGGAAGAUUUACUUACAGCCUCGAAGAUGGAGUUCCAGGAUCAGCAGGAAUUGACUGCCUCUACGACUGAGCCUUUAGACAAGAAGGAAAAGGAGUCAGAGAAGCAAAGUAAGCCUGGCGAAGACCUUAAACAUGCUGCCUUAGUUUCUCAACCAGAGACAACUCAAACAUAUGCUGACAAAAAGGACAUGCAAGGCCCAGAAGAAGAAAAAGCAUUUCCCACUUUGUUUGGGCACACACUUGUUUCCAGCCUGGAAGAUACGAAACAGAAGAUAGAACCAAGCCUAGUAGUACCUGGCAUUGACCUCCCUUCAGUGCCUCCGACUCCAAAAGAACAAAAGGACUGGUUCAUUGAAAUGCCAAUGGAGACCAAAAAGGAUGAGUGGGGUUUAGCUGCUCCGAUAUCUCCUGGUCCCCUGACACCCAUGAGAGAAAAAGACGUAUUUGAUGAUAUCCCCAAAUGGGAAGGAAAACAAUUUGAUUCUCCCAUGCCAAGUCCAUUCCAAGGCGGAAGCUUCACUCUUCCUUUAGAUGUCUUGAAGCAUGAAAUAGUUCCAGAAACAUCCCCCUUUGCCCCUGCUUUCUUACAGCCAGAUGACAGCCAAUUUCUGCAAGAAACCAGUGGCCCAGCUACUGCCAAAGAUAGUUCUAAAAUUGAAGAGCCCCAUAGGGAUAAGCCUGACAAAAUGGCAGAAGCACCAGCCUCAGAGGCAAUUACCUUACCCAAAGAUGCUCACAUUCCAGUUAUGGAGGAAUGUGUGAUGGAAAAAGUACUAGAGAAAGAAAAGGGGGGCAUACAUCAAGAGAAUGUGCAGAAAAAAGAUACCUUCAGCCCCAGUGGACAGGAACCCGUACUCACUGAAAAGGAGCCUCAACUGAAGCUUGAAGAGAAAAUGGCUAUUUCUGAAAAAGAAGCUGUGCCAAAAGAGAGUAGACCACUAAUAUUGGCAGAUGAAGAAACAGGCAUCAUUCAGACCUCCACAGAGCACGUUUUCUCUAAAGAUGAACAGAAGGGCCAGGACUCUGCCACAAAUAUGCUCAAACAGGACCCAUUUCCUGUGAGUUUAGAGCAAGCAGUUACAGAUUCAGUCAUGACCUCUAAGGCAGCAGACAAGGUCAUGGCUGAACCAGCUACACCAAGUGAAAAGAGUGCAACCCAGGAAGUUUUUGAAGCAAAAGUCGCUGACAAAGAUAGUAAGGUUGAAGGAGUUGGGGCUACAGCAUCAGUGGAGCUUGACAUGCCGUUUUAUGAAGAUAAGUCAGGUAUGUCCAAGUACUUUGAAACAUCUGCCUUGAAAGAAGAAAUAACAAAGAGCAUUGAGCCAGGCAGUGAUUACUACGAACUGAGUGACACUAGAGAAAGUGCCCAUGAGUCUGUUGAAGCCAUAUCUCCCAUGCAUAAAAAUGGCGACACGGGAUUUCAAGCCGAAAAAGAGUCCCAGCCCAGUGCUCCAGCACAAGAAGCAGGAUACAGCACUCUUGCACAGAGUUACCCAUCUGAUUUGCCUGAAGAACCCAGUUCUCCUCAAGAAAGAAUGUUCACUAUUGACCCAAAAGUGUAUGGGGAGAAAAGAGAUCUCCACAGCAAGAACAAGGACGAUUUGACACUUAGCAGGAGUUUAGGACUUGGCGGGAGGUCUGCAAUAGAACAAAGAAGCAUGUCGAUCAAUUUGCCCAUGUCUUGCCUAGAUUCCAUAGCCCUUGGAUUUAACUUUGGCCGGGGACAUGAUCUCUCUCCUCUGGCUUCGGAUAUUUUAACCAACACUAGUGGAAGUAUGGAUGAAGGGGAUGACUACCUUCCAGCCACCACACCUGCACUGGAGAAAGUCCCUUGCUUCCCAACAGAAAACCAAGAGGAAGAACAGAUAGAGAAAGAAAAAGCCACUAGAGAAGAAAACACUCAAGUGGAGGCAUCAUGUGAGUCACCUUUCCUAGCCAAAGAUUUUUACAAAAACGGUACUGUCAUGGCUCCUGACCUGCCUGAAAUGCUCGACCUGGCAGGCACAAGGUCAAGAUUAGCUUCUGUGAGUGCAGAUGCUGAGGUUGCCAGGAGGAAAUCGGUCCCAUCAGAGACUGUGGUUGAGGAGAGUAGUACUGGCUUGCCCCCUGUAACAGACGAAAACCACGUCAUAGUGAAAACGGACAGUCAGCUGGAAGACCUGGGCUACUGUGUAUUCAACAAAUACACGGUCCCAUUGCCAUCGCCUGUUCAAGACAGUGAGAAUUUAUCAGAGGAGAGUGGUUCCUUUUAUGAAGGCACUGAUGACAAAAUUCGAAGAGAUUUGGCCACAGACCUGUCAUUGAUUGAAGUAAAGCUAGCAGCGGCUGGAAGAGUCAAAGAUGAGUUCAGUAGUGAGAAAGAAACAUCCCUGCGUAUCUCUGGUGAUAAAUCGGGACUGGGAAGGGAGUUUGAAGAGAGGAAAGCUAAUGAUAGGCUGGAUACUGUAUUAGAAAAGAGUGAAGAACAUGCUGACUUAAAAGAACAUGUCAAGAAAACAGAAGAGGAUGGUGAUAAAGUGGAAACGUUUGGAAUAGGAGUAACCUGUGAGCAAGCUUUGGCAUCCUCUGAGGAAUCAGAGAAAGGUCUUAGCUCAGUACCAGAGGUAACUGAGGUGGAACCACCCAAAAAAGCUGAACAAGGACUAGAUUUUGCUGCCAAGAAAGUUGCCCAGGGUCAGUUAGAUGUCAAAAUUAGUGACUUUGGCCAGAUGGCUUCGGGACUCGAUGUAGAUGCCGGAAAAGCAACAGAGCUGAAAGUUGAGGCUACACAGGACCUGACGCCCUCAUCCAAAGUGUCCCAGGAGGCAGAUGCAUUUAUGGGUGUUGAAUCUGGCCACUUGAAAGAAGGUCUCAGAGUCAGUGAGAUGGAAGUCAAGGAGAAGGUGGCUAAGCCUGACUUGGUGCACCAGGAGGCUGUAGACAAGGAGGAGUCCUAUGAGUCUAGUGGUGAGCAUGAAAGCCUCACCAUGGAGUCCUUGAAAGCUGAUGAGGGCAAGAAGGAAACGUCUCCAGAAUCAUCUCUGAUUCAAGAUGAGAUUGCCCUGAAAUUGUCAGUGGAAAUACCAUGCCCACCUGCCGUGUCAGAGGCUGAUUUAGCCACAGAUGAGAGAGCUGACGUCCAGAUGGAAUUCAUCCAGCUGCCCAAGGAAGAGAGUAAAGAGACCCCGGGUAUAUCUAUCACGCCCUCUGAUGUCACAGAGCCGUUGCUUGAAGCAGUGGCGUCUGAACCAGCAGAGGUUCAGAGCGAAGACGAGAUCGAAGCCCAAGGAGAGUAUGAUAAGCUGCUCUUCCGCUCAGACACCCUUCAGAUCACUGACCUGGGGGCACCAGGUGUCCGGGAGGAAUUUGUGGAGACCUGCCCAGGUGAACACAAAGGAGUGAUUGAGUCCAUCGUGACCAUUGAAGAUGACUUCAUCACCGUCGUGCAAACCACAACCGAGGAAGGGGAGUCGGGCUCCCACAGCGUGCGCUUUGCAGCCCUGGAGCAGCCUGAGCUGAAAAGGAGACCAGCCCCUCAUGGCGAUGAGUUUGAAAUGGAAGAGGCAGCGGAAGCCCAGGCAGAACCCAAGGAAGGCUCCCCAGAGGCACCAGCGUCCCCUGAGAGAGAAGAGGUGGCACUCUCAGAGUAUAAGACAGAAACCUAUGAUGAUUACAAAGAUGAGACCACCAUUGACGACUCCAUCAUGGAUGCGGACAGCCUCUGGGUGGACACGCAAGAUGAUGAUAGGAGCAUCAUGACAGAACAGUUAGAAACUAUUCCUAAAGAGGAGAAAGCUGAGAAGGAAGCUCGGAGAUCAUCUCUUGAGAAACAUAGAAAAGAAAAGCCUUUUAAAACCGGGAGAGGCAGAAUUUCCACUCCUGAAAGAAAAAUAGCUAAAAAGGAACCUAGCACAGUCUCCAGAGAUGAAGUGAGAAGGAAAAAAGCAGUUUAUAAGAAGGCUGAACUUGCUAAAAAAACAGAAGUUCAGGCCCACUCUCCCUCCAGGAAAUUCAUUUUAAAACCUGCUAUCAAAUAUACUAGACCAACUCAUCUUUCCUGUGUUAAGCGGAAAACCACAGCAGCAGGUGGGGAAUCAGCUCUGGCCCCCAGUGUAUUUAAACAGGCAAAGGACAAAGUCUCUGAUGGAGUAACCAAGAGCCCAGAAAAGCGCUCUUCUCUCCCGAGGCCUUCCUCCAUACUUCCUCCUCGCCGAGGUGUAUCAGGAGACAGAGAUGAGAAUUCCUUCUCUCUUAACAGUUCUAUCUCCUCUUCAGCACGACGGACUACCAGGUCAGAGCCAAUUCGCAGAGCAGGCAAGAGUGGCACCUCCACACCCACAACCCCUGGAUCAACUGCCAUCACUCCUGGCACCCCACCAAGUUACUCUUCACGCACGCCUGGCACUCCUGGAACCCCUAGCUAUCCCAGGACCCCUCACACACCGGGAACGCCCAGGUCUGCUGUCUUGGUGCCCAGUGAGAAGAAAGUCGCCAUCAUACGCACCCCUCCAAAAUCUCCUGCUACUCCCAAGCAGCUUCGGCUCAUUAACCAACCACUGCCAGACCUGAAGAAUGUCAAGUCCAAAAUCGGAUCGACAGACAACAUCAAGUACCAGCCUAAGGGGGGGCAGGUUAGGAUUUUAAACAAGAAGAUCGAUUUUAGCAAAGUUCAAUCCAGAUGUGGUUCCAAGGAUAACAUCAAACAUUCGGCUGGGGGCGGAAAUGUACAAAUUGUUACCAAGAAAAUAGACCUAAGCCAUGUGACAUCCAAAUGUGGCUCCCUGAAGAACAUCCGCCACAGGCCAGGUGGUGGGCGUGUGAAAAUUGAGAGUGUAAAACUAGAUUUCAAAGAAAAGGCCCAAGCUAAAGUUGGUUCUCUUGACAAUGCUCAUCAUGUACCUGGAGGCGGCAAUGUCAAGAUUGACAGCCAAAAGUUGAACUUCAGAGAGCAUGCUAAAGCGCGCGUGGACCAUGGGGCUGAGAUCAUUACACAGUCCCCAGGCAGAUCCAGCGUGGCAUCACCCCGACGACUCAGCAACGUCUCCUCUUCCGGAAGCAUCAACCUGCUCGAAUCUCCUCAGCUUGCCACUUUGGCUGAGGAUGUCACUGCUGCACUCGCUAAGCAGGGCUUGUGAAUAUUUCUCAUUUAGCGUCGAAGUAAUAAUAUUUAGGCAUGAGCUCUUGGCAGGAGUGGGCUCUGAGCAGGUGUUAUAUUCGUUCUUUACAAACCAUAAAAUAAAUAAUCUCAUCCCCAAACUGUAGUAAUUGUUACAAUUUUAUAUUUAAAAAUGAAUAGUAUAUGCAGAAAUUGACCUGAUUUCCAUUUGCAACAGGAAGACACUGGCUUUACAUGGGUACACUUGGACAGUUAUUUUUGCUCUGCUCUGUUUUGCAUGGAGUAUUAUUAUUUUAAAAAUUGCAUUUUUACCUUUCAUGUGCCUGAAGGCUACCCACUACAUUCUGAAAGGCCUUGUUAAAAUCCAAGCUGCUCAUUUCACCGUUCUGUUUCUGAGUGAGAACAUAAAAACUGCCCAUUGUCACUUUUUUCAGGUUAAAUUAAAUCAAGGAGUCUGAUUGCAGGAAGGGAAGAGCAUGUAAGAAAUACAAUUUUUUAAAGUGUUAUUUUGUAUAAAUGGGAAGAAAGAUUCAAUUAAGUUAUUAACAUUUGGGACCUGGAUAAUUAUAUGAGAGUAUGUCAAUCCAAUAAAUUAUUUAACUAAUUACAAAAUAGUUGGAAAGCAUUUGAGCUGUGGUUGAGGAAGGGGUGUAAAAGUGCAUCUCUUAGGAACGACGCGCUUGCAUUAGGACGGGUUCAUGUCUGAUUAGAAUUAUCGGUUUGAUCAACUAGAUUUGUGUCCACACUACCAGUUUCACGCCCCCUUUCCAUCUGUUUGAUACAGUAUUAUAGAUAUAAAUAUAUAUAUAUAUUUCUCUGUGGCCAUUUGUGAUACUUCCUCAUAUACUUGAAUAUUAUACUUCUUUAUUCACAGUAUCUGUGUCUCCUGCACCCUUUGGUGUUAACAAUUUUAGGUAUGUGAAAGUAGAUGUUAGCAGGGUUCGCUCCCUAUUGAAAAAAAAUACCUUAAAAAGACAAAAAAUUUUAGCAUGAAGUUGCUUUCUGUAACAACUCAAAGCUGUAACCCUGUUUUAGUGCCAGAUACAAAUCUCUCCCGUGAUGCUAGAAAAAAUUAUUUUUCUUUGCUUUCACCAACAUGGAGUUUGUGGGGUGGGUCCAGUUAUACAUAAAAGGGUUUACAGAUUGUUGGUUUAAGAUUAUGGAUUUAUCUCAUUUUUAAUCAUGAAUAGUUUGGAUUUUAUUCCUAUGAUUAUUCAUGAAACUAACUUAAGAUUUUUUUUCCUUUCUUUCUUUUUUUUCCAUUUGCUAAAGUUGAAACUAACCAUGGUAGUUUAGAACAUGUUUUCCCAUGACUUCAAGUAAUAUCUGUUUAUUAAAUUCUCUGAUAGAAGAUAUUUGGCUUCCUUACCCAAAGUAAAGAUCCCUUGAACAGAAAGGAAAACACAAUAUUUUGAAAAGCUAUAGCUACAAGGCCUUUGAGAUGCAGAUAUCUAAAUCCAUUUUUUUCCCCAGGACUUCAACAUUCCGCUCUGUAAAGGACCACAACGUGACUUGAUACACAGUGUGACUUUACAUCCAGUCUAGAAAUUACAAAUCAAUGAAUUAAUGCCUCUCACAAAUCAUUCAUCUUGAACUUAGAAAUAAGCAAGGAAACGAAAUAGUCAAUAGCCCGAAUAGGUCAAAGAGUUACCAGAUUGAUGGACCAUUUUCAGUAUCUUAUCUGUUCUUUUUCUUGCUCAGGACUGGUAGGCUGGACUUGAACAAUUAAAGACAAAUGGUUCAUUAGAUGUUUGAUCUCUUUGAUCCAAAUCAAUUCCUGAAUAUAAAGGAAGAAAUGAUGUGGAUGGACUGAAGCAACAAGGAAGUAUAGGACCAUCUAAAACCAAAACCAAGGGAUGCAAAGACAGAGAGACACAAGUGACGUUUUAUGACCCAGUGGAUAUCACAACCAAUAUGAUUGUCACAAGAGAAACCCUGGGAGCAAACACAGACUGUUUAUUCUCAGCUGAGAGAUUUUACACAACCAAACAUGUCUUAAAGUAUUUUUUUCAACCUUGUUUAAAUUGUUUAUAAAUAUUAAGACUGAGUAAACAUAUUAAAAUUCAACAUAUUAUGUUCAACAUAUUAAUAUGUUCAACAUAUUAAAAUUCAGUUUCUUACAAAUACAGGCCCAAAAUAAAGAUUAAAUAAGGCACUACAUUAUUAGAUUUGACAUUCAAACAAAUCUUUCUUUCCAAUCACAGCAGAAUUAUAAUGAAUACAUUGUUCUGGCUUUGUGUGGAAAUGCAUACAAAGGUUAUAAGGUUAACAAAAAGGGACUGGUCAUUUGUAUCAGUACAAGAGAGAAACACACAGGCUGUAUGUCUUCUUGUGGGGUUAAGGGGUGAACCCCAACUUGCCUUCACUCUCAAGAUAACGACUCAAAUUAAGCUUUCUGAACACCACUCUUGUGGGAACACAUACGCUGAUCUAGAAAUGAAAUCUUCAUGGUCUCAAUUCUAGAUCUACUGUUGCCAGUUUCUCUCGGGCUUUAGCCUUGGAGAACCUGUUUAAGAAUACGUAAGUAAUCCAGAAUUAUGCAGAGUUAAAAGGCCAACUUCUCUAAUGAACUCACUCUCUGGGUUGCCUGCAACCAAAAAUUGGAUACCUUACAGUGAUGCAGGAAAGACCCGAGCUUAUGAUGAGUUUCAAAGGCCAUGUUCAUUUAGGAACCAACUCUCUCUGGAUACACCUGCUGGGUUCCAGCAGGGUGAUGGGCUGACAUCCCACCUCCAAGCAUGACACCUGUGUAACACCAGCUAGGUAUAUGGCUGAAGAAUGUACUAUUCGUGGUGGCCUUGUCACACACACACACACACACACACACACACACACACACACAACACAGCAGGGAUGGGAUAUUCAGACAAUAUAUUAUGUCAUGUCGGUGAUUUAUUAAAGAAAUAAUCAAUGUGGUUGAUUCUGACAUAACUGCAAUUACAGUUUUUCUCCUAUUUUUCAAGCCACAAAAAGGGAAAUAAACUAUUCCUGGUCUAAAUAGCAAAGAUAAGGUAGAUUCAUGGCCUCGGAAGGCAAAUUCUAAGCAUUCCUCUAAAGACUGAUGUGCUAAAAUCAGCAUUGAGUUUUUUUACACCUAGGAUUUUUGGCCUAGAUGUGUAGGUGGAGGCCAAGUCCCUCUGCAGGAGCAAACUUAUUUUCAAAUUCAGUAAAUAAAAUGUCAACCAUAAAAUUCUACUUCAACUUUAGCAAAAAGAAAAAAAUCAACAAAAAGUAUACUCUGUAUGCUGGGAUUCCAGGGUUCCAACACACCAUUACAAAUCUUUGGGAGGUUUCUUUCUUCUGAUAAUUCUAGAGCCUGUUACCAUAGAAAGGCAUUUCUUCAAUGGCUGGUUGUAGUUAGUUCAUGUUUCUCAAUCAAAUUUGCAAAUGUAUUUGUUGCUGUAUAGUGAUUGUUUUGCAAAAUAAAAUUGCUUGUCACCUAACUGCUA